ACACCAAUUUAACAUUUGCAAGCAAUAAAAUUGAAGAUAUAGAUUAUUACUUUAAUCAAGAUCUUGAAAAUGUUAAUAAAUGGCUUAUCGCCAAUAGGCUUACAUUGAAUCAAUCCAAAACUGAAUUUAUGCUAAUUGGCUCACGACAAAGAAUAUCUACUUUCCAAUCAGACCCAUGUUUUAAAAUAGACGGAAUUCCUAUAGACAAGGUUUCACAUACAAAAUCUCUAGGAGUUCACCUUGAUGAAAAUCUAUCUUGGAAUAUACAGAUCAAGGAAUUAACAAAAAAAAUUGCUUCUGGUAUUGGCGUUUUAAAACUCGUUCGUUCAUUUGUCCCAGUUGCAACAUUGUAUUUAAUUUUUAUUUCCCUUGUCCAGCCAUAUUUCAAUUAUUGCUGUACAGUUUGGGACAAUUGCAAUAAAACCUUGGCAGAUAAACUUCAAAAACUACAAAAUCGCGCAGCGAGAGUUUUGACCUUUUCAAGCUAUGACACUAAUGCCGACAUCUUACUCGAUAGACUUGGCUGGAAAAAGUUAUCUUCCCAACGCCAGUUUCAAAAGGCUGUCAUGGUUUAUAAAUCACUCAAUGGACUUGCUCCACAAUACAUGGGUUCCAUGUUUGUAAACCGUGACAGUGUCAAUCCUUAUUCGUUGAGAAACACAAAUAGUAAGCUGGCUGUUCCUAAGCCUCGCACAAACUAUCUCAAGAAUAGUUUUAGUUAUAGUGGUGCGAUGCUAUGGAACAGCCUACCGAUUGGGCUACGGCUAGCAAAUAACCUAUUAAAUUUUAAAGCGGGCUGUUCCAAAUUAUUUUAAUCUACAUUCACAUUUGUAUUAUAUUAUAUUUCUUGUAUAUAUUCCCUACACGGCUCUCAUGAAAAGCAGGUAUAUUAAUUAUUAGUUUGAUUUAUCAUUGUAAAUAUUUUUGUAGUCUUAUUUUGUAAUUCAUAAUCUUGUCAU